AUGAGAUGCCAGAGUGCGGGGCAGAACAGUGGUAGCGGAGCAGAUGCAGUCUCACCAUCCCUGUCGCCACUUUCCCCUGGAUUCUCAGAGUGGCCACCGGCCCUGCCAUCCCAAUCAUUGCAGCUUCUGGGCAUGUCGCCAAAGCCUCUAACAUCAGAAGACGCAAGGUUCCUCCGCCUAUUCAGCGCUGAAGUUGGGCAGUGGAUGGAUCUCUCCGAUCUCUCACAAACAUUUUCCAGGAAGAUUUGCCGCCUAGCCAUGCAUGAUCCGUUACUGAAGGCGGCAAUUAUUGCAUGUGCGGCGAAGCAGCAGUACUUGACUGGGAGACUUUUUGAUGGGAUGCUCAUUGCACGCAAGAACUACAACACGGCCAUAUCGCUUCUCAUCGAUCGCCUUCAAGAAUCUGAGCAGCCAUUUGCCGGCUUUGGGUUUGCGGCUACUGUAAUUUGUUCAUGUUAUGAAAUGUUGGACGCCACAGGGCGGGACUGGCAGAAACACCUUGACGGAGUCUUCUCUUUUAGCCAAGUACGUAGUGUGAAUGGAUCAUCAGGGGGUAUUGAGCAAGCUGGGUUUUGGUCUAUUGCACGGCAAGAAGUGGUCUGCUCUAUUAUAAAUAAGUCCAGGCUGAGGCUUGAUCCCGACUUGUGGGCUGUGGACUUGGUCAGAAUUGGACAGGAAGGAUGUGAGGACUUGAUGAAUAACCAAAUUCUCACGAUCCUUGCAAAAGUUGCAAAUGCUAUAGCCCACUGGGAAGCUGACAAGCCGAGGAAAUUGAGGGCAGUGGAUGAAUGGAAGAGCUUAUGGGACUUACUCAACCACUGGGAGCGUUCAGUGACAGCAAAGGGCUUUAUGGAUCCAGUUUUGUAUAAGGAGGAUGGCCAAUUGUUCACUACUAUUUGGUUCACCAGAGGUGUUUGUGCAUCGUCGUGGCAAAUGUUCCACCUUACGCGGAUUUUGCUGCUGAGCAUUGAUCCCUCCCAGACUCUGGAUUGUGUGGCGGCAUUCAGGAAUAUAGAGGGAAAGCUGCAAUACCAUGCAAGGCAAAUAUGCGGCAUUGCACAAAGCAAGCCAGAAGGGAGCUGCCGUGUUAAUUCUGUUCAGCCACUGCAUUAUGCCGGGUGUUGCUUCAGCAACACAGACGAGAGAAAUGCAGUUGCCUUGCUGCUGGAGAGCAUCGAAGAGGAUCUUGGCUGGGCGGCAAAAUACAGGGCCAAUGAUUUAUACCGGCAAUGGGGUUGGCGGCGAGACUUUUAA